GUGCCCAACGGAAGUCAGUUUCAAUUCUCAGAAGUUGUUUUAUUCAGUCUUCGUGCGUAUGCAUGCUCCUGCUUUGCGGACAAGUACAUUUUAUCAGGCUUGUUCCUGCAAACGAGCCUUCCCGUUGGGCGUUCCAUAGCAGUGACUGGACCACCUUUUCAGGUACCGUGGUAGAUAUGCAAUACUCCAUGCGAGAAAGAACGCGUUUAGCACUGCUCAUACUGGUUGCAAGCGUACUUCUAGCCUGCAAAAUCUAUUACAUAUGGGAAAUUUGCCAGUUAAAUAAGAGCGCCAACAGCACUCGCAAUCAUCAUUUCAUUGACAGAACGCAACAGGAUCGGCCACAAAGAAGGGGCCUCGUGGAAGGUGCACACGCCGAACAAGAUACAGCAGUCUCAAAAAAACCUGCGAAUAUUUCAGCAGAUGCAAAUGAUUUAUUUCUCGAAGGACCUCUCCCGGUUGCAUUUAAAAAUGCGCUUGAAAAGUAUCCCAUCGUACCAACAACUGACGUCAAGAUAGUGCUCAUUGUCGCCUACUAUCGGUCCGGGUCAAGUUUCUUUGGCGAGUUAAUGUCCUCUACACCAAGGACGUUCUUCCACUACGAGCCUCUUAUGCUGUUCACUGUGGCCGGCGGUAUUCGACCGGGAAGGCAGCACCACGCUUUUCAGCUGUUGGAUGCACUCGCCGGGUGCCAUUUCGAGCCGCUCUACACUGCAUGGAUGGAGAGCACCCCUUACUACAAAAAGAAUCACUUCCUGGCUGACAUCUGCGAAGGUGGAGAGUCGUGCUUUUCUCCAGGUUACCUUUCUGGUCUGUGUUCAAGAGCACAAGCGCAAGUGUUCAAGUUCACGAGACUUCGUGUUACUCAGGUGCAAUCCUGGAUUCAGAAAAACCCAGAAAUGGCGCCAUCCGUACGCGUAGUCCACCUGGUGCGAGACCCCCGCGCUAUGUACGCUUCUAGAAGCCGUCUUGAUUGGUGCAGGAACGACGAACACUGUGGAAGUGCAGCCGCCCUUUGCAGCCAAAUGAGAUCUGACUUGGAUGCGUUCGGAGAACUGGGCCGUCACCUGCCGAGCAACAGAACAUACCAGAUUCGUUUUGAGGACCUCGCAGCUGAUCCACUUAACGAGACGAGGCGGUUGUUCACGAGACUAGGUCUAGAGUUUUCGCCGUCAGUAUCCGAAUACGUAGGAAAUCACACGACGGCGACCGGUGCGAAAACAAAGGACGCGUUUUCGACGUGGAGAAAUGCGAAAGAAGUGGCAGACAGGUGGAGAUACAGGUUGCCACGAGGAACGAUACGCACGAUUCAAACCACGUGUAAUGAUGUUCUUCUGAGGCUGGGCUACAAGCUGGUCUGAAAAGGAUAAAGGAAGUACAGAAACUGCUCCCAAUAGUGGCAAAAUUGCGUAUUUUGCCACCUGACUCUUCCUCCUUAGGCGAAGCUCACAAUAGCACUGAACCUCAUUUUUCGCUGUAGUUCCUCGCAUCACUCAUGUGUGAUUCACCGAUGUGUGAUUCACAGACUUCACACAACGGUACCAAACAGCUUCUAGAACAGCCUAUAGACCACGAACUACAACAGCGCCACGGCCCUUAAUUCUCUUUCAAGGAGUGGGAGGUAUCAGGCAAGCUUCAUUCACCAGUUUUGCUGUUCCUUAAGCUGCGAUCACUCCCGUCUGAUGAAGGCACAUUUUCAUUUUUUACGACAAUGCUUUAUAUUUUGUUCAACUGAGCAAGCCGCUCAAACGAAGCAGCGCCAAGCACGAGCUUUAGCAGUAUUUUUCAGCAAUUUUGUUAUUAUCCGCGGAGACAACAGCCAACGAAGAAUACACUUGAUCACAACGAAUGGAAAGCUUAAAAUAGAGAGAAAGGGUGUAGAGUUUGUCGUAGGGCCAUUUGUUGUAGCAUGCAACAGCCAACGAGGGCGGGAGCAUGCGUAGUCUUGAUUUUCACUGUUCCGAUACGUGCCGCUAGGCCUCUGGUACGCUAGGCCGGUCGACGCUCGCGGGAUAACCUCCAUAUCACCUUCGACUGUACUUCACAUCCCCUCGUACUUUAAGAUUUUUUCCUCACUCGUAACUAAUUUUGAGUGUUUUUAUAGAACAAUAGUGUUGAGAUCCAAAUAAAAGCACAAUUUUUCUGAUGCGAUA